AUGUUUGUUAAAGCUGCAUCCCUCGCUCGCUCUAGUCUUUUCUGCGAUGCAAGAAAGCUAGACCUCUUGAAAAAACUGCAAGUUGCUUGGUGUCUAUUAAGUCCUCGAUUGUCUGUUGCCCUCUCCCAUAAGCAACCUCGAGCUCCGCAAGAUACCAUUGAAAAAAGAAGCAGGAUCCAGAGAGCUUCUAGUAAAAGCCGCAUGGGUUACACUGGCUAUGUUACCAAGUAUUGGCUUCAACUCAGGAAGUGCCCAUCUGCCAGCGCUAGCCAUCAAUGUGGGGACAGGGAUGAGCCUAGUCGAUGUACGACUGGCCCUGCUUUGGAAGAACUCGAGUCUGCUCCAGUUCUUGACAAUGAUAGGAUGACUGGCAGGACUCGCAGUCGUCAGGUCCCACAGAACAAACAAAACCCUAAGCCUUACAAGAGGGACGGUUUCAGCACACCAGAGCGCCGUUAUUUCAACAAUUCAUUACGCCUCAAUGACUCAACGACUCGGAGUCUAACAGAUGCUCAGAGGAGCAAAGAUAUACUCGAGCGUCGCAUCAAACACUUGUCUGCUGAGGCCGCAGCUCAAGCUGUCGCUACGAUGCAUGCUGACGUUGAACGGAGGCGUGUGUGUGCUCUGGCAACGGCCUGGGAAAUCUACGCGACUGAAGAGCACCUAAAGUUCCUUCAUAUGGUUCUCGAGGACGAAGGUGAAACAUAUGCCAAUGCUGCUAGGGAGCCUUUGAAAACGUCGGUUGGAGAGCUCGUUAGAUGUAGUGAGGACGAGCUCAAAGAUCAGAUUGACUCCUGUGUCACCGCAUAUAGCCAUGAUGUAAUAUCAUUUGCUGUUGGAGACACGCAACUGGAUUACCUCGAGAAUACUCACUCAGAAGACUCAGACGACUCGGGCAUUGGUCUCACAAAUUCGGACGGUGACCAUUUCUGUGGUGAGGCAUAA